AUGUCACAAAAAAGAAUGGCUCCUACAAAUGCCUCUUUUGUGACUGAAUUUAUGCUGGUAGGGCUAACAGACCUACCAGAUCUCCAGCUCCCCCUGUUCUGCCUGUUUCUAGUCAUGUAUGUGGUCACUGUGUUAGGAAAUUUGGGCCUGAUGACUCUAAUUGGGCUGAAUUCACACCUACAUAUCCCCAUGUACUUUUUCCUCUCCAAUUUGUCCUUCAUAGACCUCUGUUAUGCUUCUGUGUUUACACCCAAAAUGCUGAUUAAUUUCACAUCAAAGAAGAAUAUUAUCUCCUAUAGGGGGUGCAUGACCCAAUUCUACUUUUUUUGUUUUUUUAUCAUUUCUGAAUGCUAUGUGCUGACAUCAAUGGCCUAUGAUCGCUAUAUGGCCAUCUGUAACCCACUUUUGUAUAAUGUUGUCAUGUGCCCUAAAGUGUGUUCCAGCCUUAUGCUUGGUUCAUAUUUGAUGGCAUUUUCGGGUGCUAUGGCCCACACAGGAUGCAUGCUGAGACUGACCUUCUGUGAUGCAAACACCAUCAACCAUUAUUUGUGUGACAUCCUCCCCCUUCUCCAGCUCUCCUGCACAAGCACCUACGUGAAUGAGCUGGUGGUUUUCAUCGUGGUGGGCAUCAACAUCAUUGUGCCCAGUGUCACCAUCUUUCUGUCUUAUGGUUGCAUCCUUUCCAGCAUCCUCCGCAUCAGCUCCACUGAGGGCAGGUCCAAAGCGUUCAGCACCUGCAGUUCCCACAUAAUUGCUGUUUCCUUGUUCUUUGGAUCAGGUGCAUUUACAUAUCUCAAACCGUCGUCUGCUCUGUCUAUGCAUAAGGGGAAAAUCUCUUCUGUCUUUUAUACCAGUGUGGUUCCCAUGAUGAACCCUUUAAUCUACAGCUUGAGAAACAAAGAUGUUAAAACUGCUCUGAGAAAAACCUUCAGUAGGAGAAGGUUUUGGUCAGAAUCAGUGUCCCUGUGCAGGUAG